UCCCCGGCAUCCGGAGCGAGCAGAGGCGUCGCUCCGCGCGCCUCCGCCCUGCCCGCCGGGGGAACGGCGCAGGUAGAGCGGCUCUUUAUGGUUGCGGUUGUCGUUCCCGCCCGACUCCUUCUUCCCUCCUUCCUGCUGGCCGCGGGGCGCCUCUGCCCGGGGGUCAUGGCGGGCGGCAGCUCCUCUGGCGGCAGGUGAGGAGCUCAGAUUCAACACCAGACUCAUGUGAGGUUGCCACAUCUUGCCUAAUGGAAUUGUUCAGACUUUCACUGCUGUAAAAGAGAGGAGAUUUGGAUUCUUCAUAGUUGGCACUGACAGACUACCUGCUCACUGAAUUUCCAUGGGAUGCAGGUCAUGCCACUGGACUUCAUUUGGGUAAAGAAGGAGUUCUGUGUUUCUGCCAGGAGUCUUCCAACACAUUUUCUAAAUUACCUUUUAAUGGUGUUCUAAGUGAGCUUAUGUGAAACAAAUGGUAUUGGAUCAUGAGUGAAGAAAAAAGCUUUGGUGUAUCCCAGAAAAUGUUGUCUCCUUCAAGAAGUACUAGCAGCUGCUCCUCGAAGCAAGGAAGUCGACAGCAGGACAGCUGGGAAAUUGUAGAAGGACUCCGAGGGGCAAUGAAUUGUACCCAGGAGCCACAGAAGCAGGAGGGCUGCUUGCUGAAAAAGAGGAAGUGGCCUUUGAAGGGCUGGCACAAGAGAUACUUCUUUUUGGACAGAGGGAUUCUGAAGUAUUCUAAAUGCCAAGCUGAUAUAGAGAGAGGGAAGCUUCAUGGCUGUAUUGAUGUUGGACUUUCUGUCAUGUCCGUAAAGAAAUCAACAAAAUGUAUAGAUUUAGAUACAGAAGAGCAGAUAUACCAUCUGAAGGUGAAAUCUCAGGAGCUGUUUGAUGAAUGGGUAGCAAAACUUCGUCAUCACAGAAUGUACCGUCAAAAUGAAAUCUCCAUGUUUCCUCAUGACGUCAAUAAUCUUUUCUUCCCUGUGUCUACUACUGCGGACUCUGUUCCUGGUUUCUGUGAUUCCACUCCUGGUAGAAAGGCAAACAGCUUGACCAAACAGAAUUCGUUGUCAGCUGGAGGUAACUUACCGUUUUCCUUUUCGAGUAACGAGUCCAGGAUUUCAUCUUGGCUACAGUCUUCUGAAGACAUGGAAAAAUGCUCAAGAGACCUCUCCAGCUGUCACACAUAUUUACUGGAAAUGAACCAGCUGUUACAGAGCAUGGAUGUUCUUCACAGGACAUAUUCAGCACCUGCUAUAAAUGCUAUGCAGGUUGGACCUUUUGAAAGCCCAAAGAAGGAAAAGAGAACACACAGGAGAUGGCGAUCCAGAGUUGUCGGGAAAGAGGCUAAAGGAAUGUUACAGGUGCCUUCACUAUUUUCUGCUCCUAUGAGACUGCAUGCUUCCAAUCCUAACCUAUCUACAAUAGAUUUUGUAGAGGAGAAAACUUACUCAGAUGGCUCUGAAACAUCAUCAGAAUUUACUAAAAUGCAAGAGGACUUAUUUCACAUUGCACAUAAAGUUUACUUCACCUUGAGGUCAGCUUUCAGCACCAUAUCUACAGAGAGAGAAAAGCUGAAGCAGAUGCUGGAGCAUGAUGCGUCCUCAUCUCCAUCUGCACAAAUAGUUGGCUUGAAGAACGCCUUAACAUCCGCAAUAGCACAAAACACAGAUCUUAAAGACCGGUUACGCAGAAUACAUGCCGAAUCUAUGAUCCUUGAUUCAGCAUCUAAUGCAAAAUCAAGUCCAGAUUUGGUGAAGGAAAAUUCAAGAGAAGAAAGCAGAGGUCUGGUUCACCAGGUCUCCAAUGAAAGCAGACUGUCUAUAGCUGACUCUCUCACAGAAUUUUUUGAUGCACAGGAAGUCCUACUGUCUGCUAGCUCUUCAGAAAAUGAGGUAUCAGAUGAUGACUCAUAUGUAAGUGAUAUCAGUGAUAAUGUCUCAGAAGAUAACCUAAGCAAUGACAUGGAGAAUGAAAGACAAACUUUAGACUGUAUUUCUGAAAGUGGAAUUGGAUGCAAUUCUAAACGGAGAACAUGUUUACCAGCUCCAUGUCCUAAUACGAGUAACAUCAGCCUAUGGAAUAUCCUGAGAAAUAACAUAGGAAAGGAUCUCUCCAAAGUGGCCAUGCCUGUUGAAUUAAAUGAGCCACUUAACACCCUUCAGCGUCUCUGUGAGGAGCUGGAGUACAGUGAACUACUAGAUACAGCAGCGCAUACACCUAACCCAUUUGAACGGAUGGUGUAUAUAGCUGCAUUUGCAGCCUCUGCGUAUGCAUCCAGUUACUACCGAGCUGGAAGCAAGCCAUUUAAUCCUGUUCUUGGAGAAACCUAUGAAUGUAUUCGUGAAGAUAAGGGUUUCCAGUUCUUUGCAGAACAGGUCAGUCACCAUCCACCUAUUUCUGCAUGCCAUGCUGAAUCUGUGAAUUUUGCUUUUUGGCAAGAUGUAAGAUGGAAAAACAAAUUCUGGGGGAAGUCGAUGGAAAUUGUUCCAGUUGGUACAACACAUGUAACUAUUCCAGCUUUUAAAGACCAUUUUGCAUGGAACAAGGUGACCUCUUGCAUCCAUAACAUCUUAAGUGGGCAAAGAUGGAUUGAACACUAUGGAGAGAUUAUCAUCAAAAACCUUAACGAUGACACUUGCUACUGCAAACUGACUUUCAUAAAGGCAAAGUACUGGAAUCCAAAUGCACAUGAGAUUGAAGGCAGUGUCAUGGAUAAAACCGGGAAAGUUGUGCAUCGACUAUUUGGGAAGUGGCAUGACAGCUUAUACUGUGGGAUGACUUCAUCUUCAAACUGUAUAUGGAGAGCAAAUCCUAUGCCUAAAGAUUAUGAACAGUGGUAUGGAUUUACUCAAUUUGCACUGGAGUUAAAUGAACUGGAUGUGCAAACUAAGUCACUACUCCCAUCCACUGAUACACGUUUUAGGCCAGACCAAAGGUUUCUAGAAGAAGGGAAUAUUGAAGGAGCUGAAAUGCAAAAGCAGAGGAUCGAGCAGCUACAGAGAGAACGACGGAAGGUGCUGGAAGAAAACAAUCUAGAGCAUCAGCCUAGAUUUUUCAGGAAAUCCAGUGAUGACUCCUGGGUGAGCAAUGGAACCUACAUGGACCUUAGAAAAGAACCUGGCUUUUCCAAACUGGACAACCCUGUCCUCUGGUGAAAGAGGAGCUAAGUGAAGAUACUCUCUGCUGUAUUCCCAGAUCUGAUUUAAAAGAAGUAUAUAUAAAAUAUAUCUAUAUAUAUGCCUAUAUAUAUAUAUAUAUAUAUAAAAAAAACAACCCCACGCACACAUAUAAUAUAUGUGUGGUGUGUGUGUAUGUGUGCAAGUGUGCAUAUCUCCAGAAUUGUGCUUAAUUUAGAAUCUGAUAAUUCGUUUCCUUUAUUAUUGACUAUUGCAGUGAUUGUUUGAAUGUAUAAAUACCCUCAUUUCUUUUUAUAAAAUGUUUAAUAAAUAGUACUGAACGUUAACAGUGAGAGGGAAGAGAGGAGCUUUUACACUACUUUUCCAAUGUGUAAUAAUGUCAGUUCUGAGUUAACUCAUGCCUUAUUGAAUUGCAUUGGAGACAGUAGCAUCAGCAUCUCCUAGCUGUGCUGAGAGAUCAGAGUGCAAGCCUUAGUAACUCAAACUGUAAGCUGGCUUCCACGGCUCAAUGAGUAGUUCUGCUGUCUCUGGGCUGGUAUAAAUGGCUAAAACAGAAUAUCAGCUGGUGCUGGAAUCUUGAGUAUGAUCUGCUGCUGCCUCUGGAAAAGAUCUAAAUAAGCUUUUGUUUCUAUUGGCUUUCUUCUUAGCAUUAUGGAAGAGGUAGUUCUGAGCUUACAUCAAUGGUUCUACUGCCUUAUACGUAAAUUGUACUGAGCUAAAUGUAGUGCUAGGAAUUCAGGAAUCGCCAAAAUUUUCCACUGCAAAAAAUUUCCACUUCAGAUUUAUAGCCCCCCAACAGGGCAAGAGGAGUAGAUCCUUUGUAUAUACUGCUUGAGCACUGACUAGAUGAAGAAGCUCUCUCUUUUUUUUUCAGUAAGUAAAAUCUAUACAGAGCACGAAAUCCUGUGCUUCCAUAGCUUCAUUUGUUUUUAUUAAUCUAAAAAUUGCAACAGUAAGACUUUUUAAAAAGUAAGCAAACUGAUUGUUUUAAGCUAGAAAUUUUUUCUUAGUAUUUUGAUAUUUUCUACCUCUUAAGAAAUAAACAGCGUAUUUAAGAUCUUAUAUUUAAAAUAUUACCAUCUGCCUUAUGGAGACGUGUGUGGAGUCUUUGAUCUUCCUAUGUUUGUUUGUUACGUUCAGAUAAAAUAUUCAAGUGUCUUGCACUAAAUCAGUUGCAUCCCUUUCCUGUAAUUUUAUACAUAUGGCUAGAUUUGUAAAACUACUAAAUCAUAGGUCAGAAAUUUAGCAGGAACCAAAUGUAGCAGAAGACGCACUUUUGAAUGAAGAUUAUAGAGUUGGGCAGUAUUUUGGGGUUUUUUUGGUUUUUUUUUUUGUUUGUUUGUUUUUUUUUUUUCCAUCAAAUCACAAUGCCACAGUCAUUACAGAAUAAUUUGCAUUCUUACCUAUCUGCAACUCAAGCCUGACCCGUAAUUCUUCAAGUCUGUUCUAUGUGUCUGUGACUCUUUGGCAAUGCAGUUCCCAAGUUAUAGAGCUAUAUCCUGUCAUCACCCCCACCCCCUUUUGUUUUUCUUACACGCCACUGUAAUGACACAAAACAAACCCAAAUGUUGUUGGCAUGUUAAAGUGGUUUAUGACUGGAACAAUGUGACAUGGCAUGGUUAAGGAAGUCUCCUGGGGGACUAGUAGCUUAGAAGAGCUUGCACUUUACUGUGUGUUGCAUUGUUCUACAGAAAACCCAUUAAAAAUGGAUCCAUGUAUCAUGAAGGAAAUACUAUGAACGCUUCCAUUGUAAACCAAACGUGUGAUGUCAGAUUAGAUGUGUAUUUGAAUUUUGCUUUCUGUUACCUUGAAGUCCCAUUGUCGUAGAGGAAGAUGCUUUUUCACCAUUUUUCACUUUGCCCAGGAACUCUGCCUCACUAUCAUUUCUGUACUGUACUACCAAAGAAGUUUGCAUAAUUCUUUCCAUUUAAUAUGUCUUUUAAAGACUUGACUACCAUGCCAGCAGCUUACAACAAGGCGAGAUUCAUUUCAAUAUGAAGACAAAAUCUGGGCUUUAAUUCCAAAGGAAGUCUUAACCCUUGGGGGCUGUUUGGCUUUUCAAGGAAAGUGAGGAUCUCUUCAUGGCUUGUUCCCUUCCCGUGUUUUAUUCUCGUAUCAACUGUCAAAACUUGGCACAGAAAUGUGUUGAUAUUUGUAAUUAUCCUUGCUGAUGGUAAUUACUAUCUAUACUAAAAAUAACAUUUAUUUAACAGCAAAAGAGGGCAGGGGAAAUAAAAUUUUAAAAAAUCGUUUAAGAAAGGGAGCAAAAUUUGUGGAGGAUGCAUUAAAUUUGCUCAUCAUCAUAUUUGGCAGCUACUGUGAUUGCUGUCUGAUCUGAUUGCUGGUUUUGUAUUUUCUAGGUAUGGAGGGGAUUUCUCCAUGCUUUCUCAUAUGACUUAAUAGUUGAUAGCAUCUGAAAUUAAAGGAUUAGAGGCCAAAAGGCAAAGUUAAAGAAUUGUAAUGCAUUAAAAUCAGCAGGUCUUAAACAAAACUAAUCUCAUAUUGGGUGUUUGAGUCAUGACUUUUGAGAAAUCAGACUGGCAGUGUCACUUUGUAUCUUGCAAUCUAAAAUGUCUAAAAUACAUUUGGUUAAUGACAAGAAGCACUGGGCUGAGUAGUGCCUUAUAUAAAAUUUUCUUCAGCAAAAUUCCUGUUAAUGAGAAGGCAGACUUCGGAAUUUUAAUAUAAUUUCCAGAAAAAUAAUGCCUGAAAAUAAUCCAGGGCAUUUCUUAAGUACAUGAAGCAAAAUCAUCGCACAAGUAAUGGCUCCUUUUGUGUAAAUCUCAGAUACACAUCUGCAAACACAGUUUAACCAGUUGUGAAUGAUCCUCUGACUCCAUGUUUCCAACUGCAGUAUAGUUGUCCCUGCUUACUUUUGUACGCAACAGUUGGGUUUAGCUGUUAAACUUCUGUCAACGGUGUAUUAAGAAAUGGAAGAAAAAUGUCUUGAUGUUACUUCUGUGUAUUUCUGCAUAAAAAUAUAUUCAUCAUUCACAAACCUUAAUAUACUCCAUAGAGUUAUUCUUGGUAUAGUAUGAAAUUUUGCUAAUGCUCUUCCCCAAAACUUCAGAUGUGUUAAUGGGUGCAAAACUUACCUUAGCUUUCUGCAAUAUAACUAAGACAGCUGUUAUUUUUAAUAACUGAUAUUGAGGGACUUCGUCCCCCAUUUCUACCCAGAAUGGUAAAAAGGACCUAUCAGGCAACUUAUUGCUUUCUUUUAUACACAGCAGUUAUCCCCAAGAUAUUUAGCCCAAUGGAUCAGUCUUAAAAUUUUCUGAUGGGCACUGCCUGCUGUUACAGCGCUCUUUUUUGGUGACUUUAUAAACAUUACUUAAUAUGAUUUUGGAGAACAGUUUGAGAAGCACUCCUCUACCACUGCCUUUCUUUGUGUAUCCCUUUACAAAAUAAAACAUUCACUAUAAACUUACAUCAAGAUGAUGGAGCAGCUCAGGCCUCUGGGUGUUAAAACACUGGCUCAGUUUUCAAAUUACACAGGAAAGAAACAAAUUCCGGGGAAAUAGCAUUCAUAGAAACAGAAACCCACAGCUCUACUUCCAGAUUUGCAGAUUUGAUAAUUUCUGAUUUUGGUGCAGUGUAAGUCUGGGAUUAUGAAACAGCGUAACUUGCUUAGGAGACUACUCUUGAUAGCAAAAAGUGCCCUUUAGACUGAGUGGAACUGGAGUGUGCCAUUAAUCAAUGUAUUCUGCUCUCUGAGAUAUGCUUUAUGGGUUAGUGUGCCAGCACUGAUCUACUUUUAGAUGCUUUUUCAAAUACAGAUCCAGCAAAGUACUUAGGGUCUUUAUACGGAGCUAGGAAAAAUAUAUGCAUAGAAGGAGGAGUGAAAAGAGCCAAAAUUUUGAGAAGGAAACAUCCUAGAGAUCUGUUCUUCUACCAUCACAUUUUUGAAGGACCUAAAGCAGGAUUGUUGGUUUAUUUAAAAACCUGGCCCCUGAAGGAGGUGGUGGUUGCAAACAUGAUCACCUUAUUAUUUCGCAGUUUAGUGUUGAAGCCAAAUCACUGUACAGAAAAGAACACAAAUUCAUGGGGCCAGAACAUACAGCCAGGGACAGCUUUGGGCUGGCACAAAGGUCCAGUAGUGGUCUCAAAAAAAAAAAAAAAAAAAAAAAACAAACAAAAACAAACAAACAAAAACAACAACAACAACAAAAAAAAACUCACAACCAAACAACACAACAAAAACAGCCUAACGAAAACCUUAUCCCUUCCCAUGCCCCUAAUUUUCUCUCAGGUGUUUACAGUCCUGUAUAGUUUUCUAUGUGGCCCCUCAUAUCUAAAAGUCCCUAUUCAGUGUCCUAUUUCCUCUUUAUUAAAAAGAUUUCUGAAGAGUAGGAAAACAGCCCAUUCUAGCAAGUUUUUAAAUGACAAGUUGUGCCUAAAAGCUGUAGUUAAAGACUUUCCCCAUAAACAUUGUGGCCUACUUCUGCAUCUUCUCCUCGACUGUGAACAGGACUUCAUUCCCACUUGCACUCUGGAGUCAGACCACAGCCUGGUAAGGGUGGCACACAACAGAAGUGUACACCUACGUCUGCUCGGCAUGCUCCUAAUUAAUGCACUUGCAUCUGCUUUUGUGCAAAUCUCUUCUGUUAUAUCACUCUAGGUGAUCAACUUCGCAGAGCAGGAAACUCUCAGCACGUCUUCUUUUGUUCAAUACAGCUUUUUCUUGUGUACAACUCCUACAGAAGGGGCAAGCUGAAGAGGAGUGCAAAUCUUGGCCCACAGUGCAUAUAUAAUAGAGAGAAGGAUGAAAUCCAGCUUCUCCACCUAACUGAAUACAUCUUACAAGGGCUAGAGUCAGAUGGUGCUAUUCAAAGGAGUAAAGUUAAAGGGUUUUUUGGGUUGAGUGUGUUUUCAUUCAUAGAUUAUGCCUACUAUAAAUAAAAUUCACAGUAUUCGCUAACUCAUCCUUUAUAUUUUCUAGCUACUGGUGGGUGCAACUUAUUCCAGCAGCUGUGGGUUCAUAAGAAACUGCACAUGCUAUCUGGCUUAUCUGUUGAAACUUAGGAAAUGCUGUAACUUAUCACCAAAUGUAUUCUUCUACCGCUCAGUUCUUAGAUAUUGUUCUUGCUGCAGCUUUUGAAAGCAAUAAGAGAAACUUUCCACAAAAAUAGUUGCCAUAUGUUAAAAAAAAUAUUUUAAGCGGUUCGGUUUUUAUAUAAGUUGUGGAUUUGGUGUGUUUGUUGUAUAAACCAAAACUGUAUUAAAGCUUAUGAGAAUGUUUGGGAGGUUGAUCCACAAGAGGUAAUGAGCUCCUUUAGCUCCGCACCUGUGAGAUGGUUGGUGUCCCUGAGAAUCAGGCAGUCUUGUAUUUAUGUUAAUGGUAUUUUACUAGUUCCAAUAUUGGAAAAACAUACCACAUGUAUGAGGUAUUAAAUAGGCAAAGCUGCUAAAUGCUGAAUUUGUUGUUUGCUUUGAUAGGGCAUUAGUGAUUUCAGACUGAAGAAAGGUAUUGUAUUUGUUAGAAUUAUCACAGACUUUCAGAGUUUUGAGAGAACUUUCUGUAGUCAGGAUCAUCCCUGUUUUCUGCUUCACUUACUCCAAAAAUUUGUAAUAAAGUUGGAGCACCUUGAUGCGCAGUUUUGAUUUACUUUUGUCUCUGUAACCAAUUUAGUUGGAUGUUAAUAAAUCAUACUUGCCAAAAGGU